CCCCCUUUAACCUAAAAUUUUGACGUUUAAUAUGAAUUUUGUUUUACGUAGUUGUUGGAUUUGUAAAUCGUUUAAUUAUAAAUCAUACAAGAUAAACACGUGUUAAUUUACGUUAAACUUUAUGGUAUUUAGACCAGUUUAAUACAUAAUAACCUUUUUGAAAACUAUGUAACAGAAUUUGCAGUUAUCCAUUAUGGGUGAUCAUUUAUUUCUACAAAAUCAAGAGAUUGAAACAGUUACUGUAAAAACGGAACCUUUAGCAUACGCUGAUGUUGAUUCAGACGAGGAUGUAAAACCAGUUAAAAUUAAGAUUGAAAAAUACGAGCAAGAUACUUCAAUAAAAGUUACAUCUAUUAGUAAUUCUGACAAUUAUGAUUGUGAACCUCAGUCAUUUUAUGAAAUGGGCUUAUCGCUGAAUUGUAGUGAAAACCAUAACGUUAUAAAGAACAAAGUGUAUGAUUGCCAGGUAUGUGGCAAAAGUUUUAAGGAAAAGAAAGGAUUGCAAAGCCACAAAAUAGUACAUGAAGAAGGCAGACCUCAUGAAUGUGAGUUCUGUAGAAAACGCUUUAAAUAUAGAAGUAACUUAAAUGAGCAUAUACACUUGCACACUGGAAGAAGGUCUUUUCCAUGUAAUGUUUGUGGCAAAAGCUUUUCACAAAAAAGUAAUCUUGGAAUGCACAUGAGAAUUCAUACAGGCAAUAGGCCAUAUAAGUGUGAAUCAUGCGGACAUAAUUUUGUUAAGAAAGGGGACCUUGAAAGGCAUUUACGAAUUCAAACUUGCAGUAGAAAAACACAGUAUAGUUGUGAAACGUGCGGCAAACAGUUAAAAUCACAUGGGCAUCUCAUCAUGCAUUUAAAAACACAUAAUACUCAAAAAUUAUACACAUGUCCACAUUGUGGAAAGCACUUUAAAUGUAGAACAUCAAUCCAUAAACACCUUAGAUGUCAUACAGGAGAAAAGCCAUACAAAUGUGACCUUUGUGAGAAGUUCUUUUCACAGAAAUGCAAUCUACAAAGGCACAAAAUUCUUCACACAGGUGAAAAACUGUAUAGUUGUGAUAUUUGUAACAUGUCAUUUGCAGUAAAAGGUGGCCUAGAUAGACACAAGUUAAUUCAUAAAGAUGAGAAACCGCAUAAAUGUGAUUUGUGUGGGAAAUGUUUUAAGCGUAAAUUUGAUGUAAAAAUGCAUGCUAAAGUCCAUGUUCGUAUUAUCUGCAGUGUAUGUAAACAAUGCUUUCUUGACAAAGAUACUUUUGAAUUUCAUGAAAAAGAACAUAUAUUAAAGAUUUAAUAUAACAUGAUGUUUAUUAUUAACAAACACAUAAUAAACAGCAGUAUGUGCCAUUUACAUUUGAAUUUAUACAUAAAUUAAAGAAAUUGUUGCUAUUUUUCGAAAAUUGAU